AUGUCGGCCCUGAAAGGCGAGCCUCAAGAACUUCCGGUGAUGGGAUGCAAUUGGCACGUGGAAGAAGCCAUUGAGAAGUCGUCUUUCUACGAGCCUCUGAGGAGCAUCGAGAGAGGAAAAGUGACCGAAGCGUUUAAAACUGUCGAUCAGAUUCAUGAAGGAGAGUUUAGAAUGGGAGGUCAGGAGCAUUUCUACUUGGAGACGCAAAGCAUGCUGGUAGUUCCUGUUGGAGAGGAGACUGAGUUCAACGUUUACGUCUCCAGUCAGCAUUUGUCAUUUACUCAGGACGCUAUAGCAGAGACGUUGGGCAUCCCGUCUAACAGAGUCACAUGUCACGUCAAACGGAUCGGAGGAGCUUUCGGAGGGAAGGUCUUCAAAACCGCGAUCCUGGCUUGUAUUACGUCUGUGGCUGCGUGGAAGACUAAUCGUGCAGUGCGCUGUGUUUUGGAGCGAGGAGAGGACAUGUUGAUCACAGGAGGCCGCCACCCUGUCCUCGCCAAAUACAAAGUGGGUUUCAUGCAUGAUGGGAGGAUCGUGGCGGCAGAUAUCCAGUACUUCAUCAACGCUGGAAACGCAGUGGAUGAAUCUGUCUUUGUAGUCGAGAAGAUUCUGCUCCACUUUGACAACGCCUACAACAUCCCGAACCUGCGGGGCCGCGGCGCUGCCUGCAGGACCAACCUGCCCUCCAAUACCGCCUUCAGGGGCUUCGGCGUGCCGCAGGGCCUCAUGGUCCUGGAGAACAUGAUCAACGACGUGGCCAUGGCGCUGGGACGCCCUGCAGACCAGAUCAGGGAGAUGAACAUGUAUGAGGGUCCGUCCAUCACUCACUACAAGUUUGCGUUCAGCCCGGAGAACCUGCGGCGCUGCUGGCAGGAGUGUAAGGAGAAGUGUGAGUUCAGCGCCCGCCGCAGUGCCGCGCAGGAGUUCAACCUGCAGCACCGCUGGAGGAAGAGAGGCAUGGCCAUCGUCCCCGUUAAGUUCGGGGUCGCAUUUUCCGAAAGCUUCCUAAACCAGGCUGCAGCUUUGGUGCACAUCUAUAAAGACGGCUCUGUUCUGGUCUCUCACGGGGGGACGGAGAUGGGUCAGGGGCUGCACACUAAGAUGCAACAGGUAGCGAGUCGGGAGCUCCACAUCCCCGCCUCUAAGAUCUACAUCAGUGAGACCAGCACCAACACCGUCCCCAACACCUCCCCGUCAGCUGCGUCCUACGGCACGGACGCCAACGGCAUGGCAGUGAAGGAUGCCUGCCAGAUUCUUUACCAGCGCCUGGAGCCAAUCAGGAAGAAGAACCCCAAAGGAUCAUGGGAGAGCUGGGUCAUGGCAGCAUUUAUGGAUAAAAUCAGUUUAUCAGUUACUGGAUUCUACAGAGGACCGGACCUGUACAUGGACUGGGAGAAGAUGGAGGGGCAGCCGUACGCUUACUUCACCUUCGGAGUGUGUUGCUGUGAGGUGGAGCUGGACUGCCUCACAGGAGACUACAGGACGGUAAGGACAGACAUUGUAGCGGACAUCGGGAAAAGUGUGAACCCGUCAAUUGACAUCGGCCAAAUUGAAGGAGCCUUCAUGCAGGGUCUGGGUCUGUUCACUCUGGAGGAGCUGAAGUUCUCCCCCGCCGGGCACCUGUACACUCGCGGUCCGUCUCAGUAUAAGAUCCCGGCGGUGUGUGACGUGCCGCUUCACUUCAACGUCUACUUGCUGUCGAACUCCGACAACCCCCACGCCAUCUACUCCUCAAAGGGUAUUGGAGAGCCUAUCCUCUUCCUGGGCAGCACUGCGUUCUUCGCCAUCAAAGACGCCGUGUCUGCAGCUCGCUCUGACUCCGGGUUAUUUGGCCCGUUUUCUCUAAACAGCCCUGCGACUCCGGAGAGGAUCUGCCUCGCCUGCGCCUCCCCGUUGACUCAGAAGAUUCCAGCCAGCAUACCAGGAUCUUUCACACCAUGGGCCUUAAACAUCUGAAGCUCAACCUGUCAAUCUUUGUAUGUGAAUACUAAAGCAGUGCAUGAAUGCAACACACAAUAAUUAAGUAAUGCAGUUAUACUCAAUGAUCUAUAAACCUUCUCUGUUCUUUUGAACCAACCAAUGAAAAGUUUCUAAUUGUUAUUGUUACAUUGUUAUUGCAAUUUAAUUGUUUGCCCUUGCUCUCAUCCUCAUACUCAUACUCAUCAGUAUCACUAUUUCAAUAGAAGAAUACAUAAUUAAGCACAAUAUUAUUCCUCUUUAUUAUUCAAUGGCACUUAAAAAAGUAAAUUAAGUGAUUAAAACUAUUGCUAAUUAAAACAAAUCAGCCUAUCUGGUAAAGACAGCUGAAACUUCAUGUUUAGAAAAAUCAGAAAGGGACACAGAAGCACUUCUAGAAUGGCCCUAUUAUAUAAAACAAGUGUAGAUGUGACUCAAUAUUUGUCAAAAUAA